UGGCUAACUGCUGCCUCUUCAGUUCACCUGAUUGCUCCCAACCCCAAGGGCUAAGGUUUGCUAUGGAUGUCGCUUCGCCCCCUGCUGCAGCGCUGCCCAGUACACUACCUUAGUGGGUUCCCCUCAUAUUCCUGUGUGGUUCCCAUCCAGACUCCCUCUACAGAGUCCAGCACAGAUCUGGUACCACCUACAGCCACUCCUGGGUUCUCCACCCAACCCCCUCCCCAACUCCCACCCUCUCCCCCUCCCCUAAGAAGAUGUCAGUGAGCCUGACAACAGACAUCCAGCAGGAGGGAGAGAGUGGGCAACUCAUCGAGCCUUGCAGUCGAGGCAAGACCUCCCCUCAACCACAGGGCACAAAGGAGGGUACAGGGGAGGGCGUGGAGCCUGAGGAUAGCUCCCCACAGGAUGCACAGAAACGGGCUCCCAACCACAGCCAUGGCAGGAAAAGAGCCAAAUCUAAUGCCAAACUGAAGCUGGUACGGAGUCUGGCAGUGUGUGAGGAGUCCUCUGGUCCGUUCUCCAAUGAUGGACCUCCAGAAUCGCAGUGGAAUGUGGUUUUCCAGGAUAUCAUCCAGCUUCACAUCAGCUGUCCAUCGGACAAGGAGGAGGAGAAGUCCUCAAAGGACGAGUAUGAAAAUGAAGAGAAGGAGAAGAAGGACAAGACUCCGCGAAAGAUGCUCUCACGUGACUCCAGUCAGGAAUACACUGACUCCACUGGCAUUGAUGUUCACGAGUUUCUGGUCAACACACUGAAAAACAAUCCCAGGGAUCGAAUGAUGCUGCUCAAACUAGAACAAGAUAUCCUGGAGUUUAUUAAUGACGACAAUAACCAGUAUAAGAAGUUUCCUCAGAUGACUUCUUAUCACCGUAUGCUGCUGCACCGUGUGGCUGCCUACUUCGGUAUGGACCACAAUGUGGAUCAGACGGGCAAGGCUGUCAUCAUCAACAAGACGGGCAACACGCGCAUCCCAGAGCAAAGGUUCUCUGAACACAUCAAGGAUGAACGUAACAUGGACUUCCAGAAGAAAUUCAUCCUUAAAAGAGACGAUGCCAGCAUGGACAAGGAUGAUAAUCAGAUCCGUGUGCCACUGCAGGAUGGGCGGCGUAGCAAGUCUAUCGAAGAGCGAGAGGAGGAGUAUCAGCGGGUACGAGACCGGAUCUUUGCCCGAGAAUCCUCUCAAAAUGGAUACAUCAACGACAGCAGAGGGAAUCGUGAGAGCUCUAGCCGGGCAUCUAGCAGUCGUCAAAGCAGCACAGACAGUGACAUGAAGUGCCUGGAGCCGCGGCCUUGGAGCAGCACCGACUCAGACAGCUCCAACCGCACCCUCCGGCCGCCCGUCACGAAAGCCAGCAGCUUCUCUGGCAUAUCCAUCCUUACCAGGGGGGAUAGCCUUGGCAGCAACAAAGGCUCACAGGGAAGCUGCAAAGGCUCUCGCUCUGGCCUGCCCCUAGUCAGUCCUGAUGUGUGUCCCCCACCCGCAGCCUCCCAGUCCAGCCGUAGCCUGCUUCCCUGCCCAUCACAACAGCCACAACAGCCACAGCCACAGCCACAGCCCCAGGCUCCACCUCAGACUGCCCUGCUGCCCACCCCACAGCAACACCCCAUGGGCAACCACAUGAUUGCUCAGCCGGUGGCAUCUCUGCAGCCCUCUCAGCCUGUCUCCUACUCCAGUCCUUCCUGCCCCCAGGUUCUCCUGCCAGUUUCUCCUCCCCAGCAGUACACAAUGGGAGAAGAGCUGGCGCCCCAGUUCAGCCAGAUGACACUGAGUCGGCAGGGCUCCAGUGAGAACCCUGAGCCUCCCCCUAUGUAUCAGGCUCCUCCCACGGUGCUGUCCCAGCACCCCCCUCCUCAGACCAGCUAUAUCAUGGCUACCACGGGUCAGCCUAUGCCGCCCCCGUCUGGCUACCAGCCUGCCACUGGACACCCCCAUCCUCCACCUCCACCACCCCCUCCAUCUCAGCCAGUCAUGCAGGCUCCACCGCCCCCACAAGGCUACAUGCAGCCUCCUCCACCUCAACAGAUACAGGUGUCAUACUACCCUCCUGGUCAGUAUCCCAGCUCAGGCCAGCAGUACCGUGUGCCCCAACCCAUGUCCCACCAGGUGUCUUAUCCUGCCCAGCGCACACAACCCAUGCCUCAGCCCACACAGCAGUCAGGUCUCCAGACGAUGAUACCCAGCCAGCAGCCGAGCUACCAGAGCAUGAUGGGUGUGCAGCAGCCCCAAAACCCUGGUCUGCUCAAUUCUCAGAGGGCAGGCAUGGGGGGACAGAUGCAAAGCAUAAUGGUCCAGUACCCACAGAUGCCAUCAUAUCAGGUGCCUGUGGGAAAUGAGAAUCAGCAGGUGGUGCAGCAGCAGUACCAGCAGCAGGUGAUGGUACCAGUCAGCCAGUCUGUCCAGGGGCCCAUGCCUGUCUACUACAGUGUUAUCACACCCACACAGCAGAAUAGCACAAGCCCGUCAGUAGGAUAUCUGCAGCCCCCCAGCAAUGAGCAGUAUCAAAUCACACAGUCGCCGUCCCCCUGCAAUCCUCAGCAGUUGCAGCAGCAAUAUUCAGGAGUACCCCCUCCUGGGCCUGGGGUGAUGGUCAUGCAGCUCAGCGUCCCCAAUGGACCACAGCCUUCCCAGAAUCCUCCUCUGGUCCAAUGGAACCCAUGCAAGUACUACAGCAUAGAGCAGAGACCCAGCAAACCAGGAGAGCUCUACAAACCUGACAAUACUCCACAGGCCAGUACCCAGCUGACGAGUCCCCUGGCCUCCCCCACUCAGUCUCCCACCCCAUCUCCCUCCGGCAGCGUCAGCAGCGUCUGUCCAGGCCUUGGACCACUACCCCUCAUUUCCCAGUUUCCCCGGCCAGGAGGCCCAGCCCAAGGCGAUGGGCGCUACUCUCUGUUGGGGCAGCCUCUCCAAUACAGCCUUUGUCCGCCUCCCCUCAUACAUGGCCAGUCCUCCUACAGCUCCCAUCAGGGCCAAGGAGUAAUGAAACAUGGGGGACGAGGGAAAAAACAAACACUCAAAUCUGCAUCAACAGAUCUCGGCACCACUGAUGUUGUGGUGAGUCGAGUACUCGAGGUAACGGACCUGCCAGAGGGGAUUUCACGUCCGGAAGCUGAGAAGCUCUUCAACCAGCUGUCGAUGUGUGGUGCCAAGAUCCAGUGGCUGAAGGAGCCCCAGGGAGGACGAGGAGGCUGCGGCCCCUGUCCUGGUGCAGGUCCCUCUGGGCCAGGAGCCACCGCUGGGCCCGGGGCCACUGUGGGGGGAGCAAAGGGCGAUGGCAACGACCCCGCUCACCUCUACACAGUAGUGGCAGUGUUCCCCAGCACCAUGGCUGCCCAGAGUGCUUCCUUCAAACUUAACAACAGCGGGGCCAGCCUCUUCAAACUGAGGGCCGCCAAAAAGAACUAUGACCUGCGCGUGUUGGAGAGAGCCAGUUCUCAGUGAAAGGAAAAGAGAGGGGGAGGAAAGAAAGAAAGUGAAAGAGACAGAAAGAAAGAGAGACUCUUGGUGGAGUGGUGGAAAAGGAAGGAGGACUGAGGGGGACUGCUCUUAGUGUACAAUUUAAAAACAAAACAAAAAAAAAAACUUGAGUUAAAUGUAUAAAAGGGAAGAAGGUGUGAAUCAUGAGGUGGCUGGUGUUUGGUUGCAAAUAUGAUUUUGUUGUUUGUUUUUAUUCAUUGUUUUUGUUUUGUAUUUAUAUAGCAGAAGAGCACACAAGACACGCGAGCAUGUGUUUCACUGUUGCCGUGGAAUGUGUGCUGCCGUUAUACAACAACAUGCAAUGCCACACACAUACACAAACAUACCAGGAGACACAGACACACAAACGCAGGCAACAGGGUGACGUAGCACAUAACAAAAACACACUGGACAGUCGACCUCAGUCAAACCUUUUCCUCCUCCCCUCUGCUCUCCAACCCUCCCUCCUUUUCCUCCUUUUUCUGCCUAUGCUUUCUCUCGUUUCUCAACUCUCUGUCACCCAGUCGUCUCUUAAUCUCACAUAUUUAUACAUUUUCAUACGCACAGUUGCGCACUCUCUCUGCUUUCCCCCGCCGCUCCUCCCUCUUUUCUUGCCAUGUCUCAUACUGCCUCCUACCUUUCUCUGCUCCUCUGUCCCUCUCAUGUACUCUCUCUGCUCUCUCCUCUCUUGCUUUCUGUUUGCCUUACUGCUGUUGUGGGUUUCUGUAUUGCGCUGUUUUUUUCUGAGAAGUUUUUUU